CUCCAAACCGCUGUGGGAAGUGGAAAUCCCCGCUGCCUCAUCACAGCCAUGCGCCCUUGUCAGCGUUGCCCGAAGAGAACUGAUAUGUUGAUCUUGCUCAUCUAUCUCAUCCUGUGGAGCAGCAUCAGCGAUGCAUUUAUCUCCCCUUCCCGCCUCUACUUGCGCAACACAAUGCAGCCCGGCAGCAGCCACCUCCAUCGCGCCUCGAGAUCAACGCUUCACCACACCCGCAGCAGGCAAUACCCACAGUACCGGCGGUCAGUGGAGAUGUUUCUGCGUGGCGGAGGCAGGAAGACGGAGGUUGUGGAGGAGCCACCAGCAGUCAAGAUGACCGGCUGGCUCAAAGUGUGGUCAAUCGUCCUGCCUGUUGCCAUCAUCGGCAUUGCCGUCCUCAACCUGGUCACCCGGUCGGGAGCCAAGCGGACCAAGGCCAUCAUCAAGACAGAGGAGGACGCCAAGGAGCUGCACCGAUUCACCUGCGAGAACUGCGGCUACACCAUCUUCCCGGCGAGAGGCCGCGAGGGAAAGUUCUUCGGCGAUGACUUCGAGUGCCCUGUGUGCGGGGCCAAGAAGGAACAUUUCUACGACGGCAACGAUCCAGGUACGGACAGGCACGGCAUACCAUACAUACCUAUGUUUGCUGUGUGGGUGCGUUCCAGAUGACCCGCACAAUAAGGCUCCUGAGGAGGGUGAGAGCGCGCCCGACAAGAAGCCGGCUGAGGGCGCGAAAGCAGAGCCAGCUGAGGGCGUCAAGGCAGAGACUGAACAAGAGAAGGCGACAGAGAAAUCGGCUGACGUUGCGAACACAAAGGCGCCAGAACAGAAGGAGGAAGUGAGGGCGUGAUUGUGCAGCGGCUAUUCGCUCGGCAGGCGGCGGGAAUUCAUGGCAUGGGCAGUUAGGUGGUACACUACUGUGUACAUGCGGUCGAUAGAGCAGAGCUGUAUCAUAGGUCAUAGAGAAGUGCUUCUGUGGGCGCACUUGCCGAGACGGUGGGUGGACACAAAUGCUAAUUUAAACCCCAACUAGUGGCA